AUGAAAAUCAAAUUCUCAAGAGGGGCUCGAUUUUCAGCGACCUUUUCUUUUGAUAAGUACCCUUUCUUGCUAUACGAGGUGGUCCGAUAA